UCUCACUUUGCCAUCGACGGGAUGCUGCGACCGACGCUUUUGCUGCUGCUUGUGCUCACGGCGGUGACGUCGGCCUUAAACGCACCGCUGUACGGCCUCAACUACAACAGCCGGCAAGGACCUGAUUGGGACCCAAGCAAGUGCAAGUCGCAAGCGCAGGUGGAUGCCGACAUGGUGCUUCUCAAGGCGCUGAGCCCGCGCGUGCGCAUUUACAGCCUCACCGACUGCAACCAAGGAGCGAUGGUCCUCGAAGCGGCCAAGAAAGCGGGGCUCCAAGUCUGGCUCGGCAUGUGGGUCGACGCCGGCAACUUUCAUUUUGCGGUCGAGCAAGCCGCGCUGGAGACGCUUGUCCAAGCCGGUGCGAUCGACGACGCGACUGUCAUUGGCAUCCACGUCGGCAGCGAAACACUCUACCGCGACGAUGUCUCGCCCGAGACAGUGAUUGCCAACAUCCAAACCGUCAAAGCGUAUCUGCGCGACCACAAGAUCAACAUUCCAGUCGCGACCGCCGACGUCAUCGAUAAGCUCGUGCAGUACCCCGCCGUGAUCCAAGCUGGCGACAUCGUCUUGGCCAACGCAUUUCCGUUCUGGGAGCUCGCCGACAUCAACACGGCCAUGGUCAAUCUCGACACCAAGCUGACGACCUUGCGUGCGGUCGCCAACGGCAUCGACAUUUACAUUGGCGAGACCGGAUGGGCCUCGGACGGGGCCACCGUGGGUUCGUCGCCGACGAGCGCCGCCAACCAUGCGACGUAUUUGGCCGACUUUUAUGUGUACGCGACGGAGCGCCAGUUGCCGUACUUUUACUUUGCGGCGUUCGACGACACGUGGAAGAGUGCGGGCAUCAACGUCUCGGACACGGUCGAAGCCCACUUUGGCUUGUACAACAGCAGCGGACAGCUCAAGCCAAGCAUUGCAGCACUGACGCUGCCGAGCGUGACACCGUUUCCGACGACGGCUCCCUCGUCGCCGGCAGCGACCAGUGCGCGAAACACCGUCGGCGGCGGGUCGCCGACAGCCCCGUCGACAUCCUCCUCUGGCCAUCGUUCAGUCGCUUGCGAGGCCAUGGCGCUUCUGAGCCUCUCGCUAGUAGCCAGUGCCCUCAGCAACUAGACGGCAUCUACCAUUCAUACCACGUGUAAUGAUGCAUUGGUUUAUCGUUCGUAAAGCGUCUUAAGCCGUUUCCAAUGACA